UCUUUGGUUAGCACUAAAAGGAUGAAAACUUCCUCCGACGAUGAAUCUGAAAUGCAGAACAAACAGAACGCUAUGAGCAGCAAGGAAAGAGCCCGAAAGCACAGGCAACGAAAGAAAGAGUACUACAAAUAAGCUUGAAGAAGAGAACAAAGGGCUUAAAGAAGAAAUUGAAAAGCUUAAGAUCGUGAUCAUGAAAUUGAAGGAAGAGAAAGAAGAUAUGGAAAGCCGUUCCUUUGGCAAUCACUCUGAAGCUGACAUGACACAAGUUAAAAUGAAAAAUUUCGAAGAGGUCAAAUUACCGGAAAUAAGCAAACUUCUCAAUUUAAUCAAUGGUAAUCCAACUCCUGAUAUUGAUGAAGAUAAGGAAGAAAAUAAAGAAGAGGAUGAGAUAGACCCUAAUAAGGAGAUACUCAAAAACCAUGAGCCAGCUUUUAAGAUAGACAAAGUUCCUUUCCUACGAGAUCACUUUAACGAAAUACUAAAUAACAUUUUGUCUGUGGAAGGACAAAUAGCUAUGGUUGUCUUUGACCAUGUUUCCAUCAGCAAGUUCAUCAAGAUUGCUAACUCUGAGCGUAAGAAGUUUAUGAAGAGGAAGGAAGAGGAUCCUAUUAUGAAUAAAAUUCUAGAAACAAAGUUUUCUAAAAGUCUGGUCAACUUUAUAAGAGAGCACGGCAAAGAAUAUACCAAGAUUCUUCAGGAUCUUCGGAAAACUGUGAGAAGGCUGGUCUAUGACAGGAACAAGCUAUUUUCGUAUAAGAAAAAGCUCAAGAAAUUAGAAUCAAAGGCUAGAUUUUCAAAUAAUUUCCCUCUGAGUAUGGAAGACCAAGCAAAGAUCUUAAAGGCUAUAUCAGAGCUGAAGAAAAAGGGUAUUCUUGAUUUCAUGUCUCUGUGGCAUAUUCCUCAAAGAGAUGUAGACAAGGAGUACGGAUCUGAUAUCGAACUAUCAGACUAUGAACAAUAUUAUCAAUAAACUCAUUAAAUCCUGUAAUUCUAAUUUUUGGAAAUCUGUACCA